AUGGAGUGCAACCAUUUCGUCGCAGCCGCCGCGGCUCACACCGUUGACAAAAAGGUUUGGUACGGUCUUUCUGCCGGACACCUCACCCAAAAUGACUUGGAAAAGAUCACAAACGGUGACAGUGCUAGCACUUCUUUGAAUUCCUUGGCAGGGUCGAACACGGCACCGGUGUCCUUUGCUGGCUUCUUGGCCUCCACGUCCUUCGAUCCUUUUGCACUGGAGAAGUCCUUUGUCUCCUUCAAGUCCUUGAGUUCCUGUGCAACAUUCUGCUCCUUGAUUGCCAGGUGCUCCUUACUUGAUCCUGAUUUCUUGGACGUGUCUGCGUUGAUCUUGACCUUGCCGGUGUCGCCGCCGGGAGCCAUGGUUGGUGGCUUGACGUUUGAAUGUUCCUCGGCCUGUUUGACCUUCGACUCGUCAAUGACCCCGGAUUUGUCGCGAACAAGCUCGUUCACGUUGCCUCCAGCCUGA